UUCGGCAGCGGCCGUAGCCUGGCGGAGGAGCGGUGGGCGUGGCUUGGAGGGCCCCCGAGAGAAGUUAAGUUGCACCGUCCAUGCUCGGCUGCCUUGUUCUCUCUUCUCUCUCCUUAGGAGAGGGGAGGGGGGCGGGAGAAGUGGCUCCUUAGAGGCCAGCUCUAGACCACCUUGUUCUUGCUUCAUGAGGCUCAACCCCACCUGAUUGUGACCCUUGGACCGCUGCAGUUGGGGAGGGGCCCCUCUGGACAGCCCCCUCCCUUAGCCAGCAGCCGAACCUCUCUCUUCUGCCAUGGCUGACCCCAUAAUGGACCUCUUCGAUGACCCCAACCUGUUCGGCCUGGACUCAUUGACUGAUGAGAGCUUCAACCAGGGGGCCCCAGACCCCAUUGAGGAGGCCCUGGGGCUGCCGGGCGGUGCCUUGGACUCCCUAGCAGGGGGCGCCAAAGAGCAGCCGGCCCCUGCACAGCCGGAGCCUCCCCAGCCGCAGGCCCUUCCCCUCUCGGACACACAGCCCGAGGCUGUGCCUGAACUGCCGCAGCAGGAUCAGCCGGGGCUCCUGCAGGCCCCCCAGGACCAGGAAGUCCUCAGCCAGGGCAACCCCUUCAUGGGCGUCUCCUCUGCCACCACCACGACAGUUGCAGUGCCGUCUUCAUCUGCCGGAGGGCAGCAAGGCGCCGCUGUCACGGCGGCCCCACCUCCGGCCCCGAAGAUUGUCAUUUUGAAGGCGCCAGCAGGCAGCUCAGUGACAGGGGCCCACGUGGCCCAGAUCCAAGCCCAGCCCAUCGGGGCUGCCAACGGGGGCAAAGUGACCUUCGCCAAGGUGCUGACAGGCACCCCACUGCGGCCAGGGGUCUCCAUCGUCUCGGGCAACGCGGUGCUGGCCACCAAAAUGUCCCCUGGAGCGGGGGCCCCAGCCACACUCCACCGCCUGGUGCAGCCUGGCCGGCCUGUCAAGCAGCUGGUGCUCCAGCCCAUCAAGAGCCAGCCGGGGGGCAGCACUGGAGCCACGCCCCUCAAGCCUGCCGUCACUCUGACCUCUACUCCAGCACAGGGAGAGUCGAAACGCAUCACCUUGGUCCUCCAGCAGCCCCCGGCGGGUGGAGGAGCCCCAGGGCAGCGCCACGUGGUUCUGGGCAGCCUGCCGGGCAAGAUUGUACUCCAGGGCAACCAGUUGGCGGCCCUGAGCCAGGCCAAGGGCGCACCAGGGCAGCCAGCCAAGGUGGUCACCAUCCAGCUCCAAGUUCAGCAGCCCGGACAGCAGCAACUCGGCGGCCAGCCUGGGACCCAGAAGAUCCAGCUUCUGCAGCAGCCCCCACCCACCUCUGGCCAGCAAGGGACGUUGGGUGUGUCCUCCGUACAGCAAGCCCAGGUGGUGAGCGGUUCGGGGCAGAGAGUAACAGUCCCCCUCAAAGUCGUCUUGCAACCGCAGGCCAGCUCAUCACAAGGCAGCUCCUCUGGGCUCUCAGUCGUGAAGGUGCUGAGCAGUAGCGAGGUGGCCGCCCUCCCCUCCUCCAGCGGUACGGCGCGGAGCAGCUCGGACGAAUCCCGCAAGCUGGAGCACCAGAAGAAGCAGGAGAAGGCCAACCGCAUUGUGGCAGAAGCCAUCGCCCGGGCCCGGGCCCGGGGCGAGCAGAACAUCCCCCGCGUGCUGAACGAGGACGAGCUCCCCAGCGUGCGCCCCGAGGAGACAGGAGAGCGCAAGCGUCGCCGGAAAGGCGGAGGCGACCGCGUUCCCAAGGAAGAGCGGCCGCGCAAGGGCAGGGGCCAGGGGGGAUCGGGGAAGAGCAAAGGAAGAGGGAAGCCCAGCACCAUCACGCCAGUCGUAGGGAAGAAGCGGAAACGGAACGCUUCCUCAGACAACUCGGACGCUGAGGUCAUGCCGGCGCAGUCCCCCCGCGAGGAGGAGGAGAGCAGCGUGCAGAAGCGGCGCUCUAACCGUCAGGUGAAGCGGAAGAAAUACACUGAGGACCUGGACAUCAAGAUCACAGAUGAUGAGGAUGAUGAGGAGCUGGAUGUGACGGGGCCUGUCAAGACCGAGCAGCCGCCAGCCCCCGAACCACCUGCUCCGGAGCCGAUUCCCGAGGGGGAGACGCUGCCUUCCAUGCAGUUUUUUGUGGAAAACCCCAGUGAGGAAGACGCUGCUAUAGUGGACAAAGUUCUAUCCAUGCGGGUAGUGAAGAAGGAGCUUCCCACCGGACAGUUUACAGAAGCGGAAGAAUUCUUCGUGAAAUACAAGAACUACUCCUACUUGCACUGCGAAUGGGCCACCAUAGCUCAGCUGGAGAAGGACAAGCGAAUCCACCAGAAGCUCAAGCGCUUUAAGACCAAAAUGGCUCAGAUGAGGCACUUCUUUCACGAGGACGAGGAGCCCUUCAAUCCAGACUAUGUGGAGGUUGACCGCAUCCUGGAUGAGUCGCACAGCAUUGACAAGGACAAUGGGGAGCCGGUGAUCUAUUACCUGGUGAAGUGGUGUUCGCUCCCCUACGAGGACAGUACGUGGGAACUCAAAGAGGAUGUGGAUGAGGGGAAGGUCCGGGAGUUCAAACGCAUCCAGUCUAGGCACCCGGAGCUGAAGCGUGUGGCCCGUCCCCAGGCUGGUUCCUGGAAGAAAUUAGAGCUGUCUCAUGAAUACAAGAACGGCAACCAACUGCGAGAGUAUCAGCUGGAGGGUGUGAAUUGGUUGCUGUUCAACUGGUACAACAGGCAAAACUGCAUCCUGGCUGACGAAAUGGGCCUGGGCAAAACCAUCCAGUCGAUUGCCUUCCUGCAGGAGGUUUACAACGUGGGCAUCCGGGGGCCCUUCCUGGUUAUCGCCCCUCUCUCCACCAUCACCAACUGGGAGCGGGAGUUUAACACCUGGACCGAGAUGAACACCAUCGUCUACCACGGCAGCCUCGCCUCCCGCCAGAUGAUCCAGCAAUAUGAGAUGUACUGCAAAGAUUCCCGGGGCCGCCUGAUCCCAGGCGCAUACAAGUUUGAUGCCCUGAUCACCACCUUUGAGAUGAUCCUGUCGGACUGCCCCGAGCUGAGGGAGAUAGAGUGGCGUUGUGUCAUCAUUGACGAAGCCCAUCGCCUUAAGAACCGCAACUGCAAACUGCUGGACAGUCUUAAGCACAUGGACCUGGAGCACAAAGUGUUACUGACCGGCACCCCCCUCCAGAAUACAGUGGAGGAACUCUUCAGCCUCCUGCAUUUCCUCGAGCCCUCCCAGUUCCCCUCAGAAUCAGAGUUCCUCAAGGACUUUGGUGACCUCAAAACUGAGGAGCAGGUGCAGAAACUGCAGGCCAUCCUGAAGCCCAUGAUGCUUCGGCGGCUGAAGGAGGACGUGGAGAAGAACUUGGCCCCCAAGCAGGAAACCAUCAUCGAGGUGGAGCUCACCAACAUCCAGAAGAAGUACUACCGGGCCAUCCUGGAGAAGAAUUUCAACUUCCUGUCCAAAGGGGCAGGGCACAGCAACAUGCCCAACCUCCUCAACACCAUGAUGGAGCUACGCAAGUGUUGCAACCAUCCCUACCUCAUCAACGGUGCCGAGGAGAAGAUCCUGACCGAGUUUCGAGAUUCCUGCCACCACCACCUGCCCCAUGAUUUCCCCUUGCAGGCCAUGGUGCGCUCCUCUGGGAAGUUGGUGCUGAUUGAUAAGCUUCUUCCCAAGUUGAAGGCUGGCGGGCACAAGGUGCUGAUCUUCUCCCAGAUGGUUCGUUGCCUCGACAUCCUGGAGGACUACCUCAUCCAGAAGAGGUAUCUCUACGAGCGCAUUGAUGGGCGAGUGCGGGGGAACUUGCGGCAGGCGGCCAUCGAUCGCUUCAGCAAGCCGGACUCGGACCGCUUCGUCUUCCUGCUCUGCACGCGGGCGGGUGGGCUAGGCAUCAACCUGACUGCCGCCGAUACCUGCAUCAUCUUUGAUUCGGAUUGGAACCCCCAGAACGACCUGCAGGCCCAGGCACGCUGCCACCGUAUCGGGCAGAGCAAAGCGGUGAAGGUCUACCGUCUCAUCACCCGCAACUCCUACGAGCGAGAGAUGUUUGACAAAGCCAGCCUCAAGCUGGGGCUGGACAAGGCCGUCCUGCAGUCCAUGAGCGGGCGAGAGGGCAGCAUUGCCGGGAUCCAGCAGUUUUCAAAGAAGGAGAUUGAAGACCUGCUGCGGAAGGGAGCCUACGCUGCCAUCAUGGAAGAGGACGACGAGGGCUCCAAGUUCUGUGAAGAGGACAUUGACCAGAUUCUGCUGCGGCGGACAACCACUAUCACCAUUGAGAGCGAAGGGAAGGGCUCCACUUUCGCCAAGGCGAGCUUUGUGGCCUCAGAGAACAGGACGGACAUCGCCUUGGACGACCCCAACUUCUGGCAGAAGUGGGCCAAGAAGGCAGACUUGGACCUGGAUAUGCUCAACAGCAAGAACAACCUGGUGAUUGACACCCCCCGUGUUCGCAAGCAGACGCGACACUUCAGCACCCUGAAGGACGACGACCUGGUGGAGUUCUCCGAUCUGGAGAGUGACGACGAUGACCGGCCGCGCUCGCGGCGCCACGACCGCCACCACCACCCGCUCCACCAUUCCUACGGGCGCACGGAUUGCUUCCAGGUGGAGAAACAACUGCUAGUCUAUGGCUGGGGACGCUGGCGGGAGAUCCUGUCGCAUGGACGGUUCAAGCGGCGCAUGUCUGAACGGGACGUGGAGACCAUCUGCAGGGCCAUCCUCGUCUACUGCUUGAUGCACUACCGGGGCGACGAGAAUAUCAAGGGGUUCAUCUGGGAUCUCAUCAGCCCGGUUGAGAACGGCAAAGCCAAGGAACUUCAGAACCACUCCGAGAGCCAUGCCCCUGCUCUGAGCUCACUUCCUGUUCCUCGGGCAGGCCUGUCCAUCCCAGUCCCACGAGGCCGCAAAGGGAAGAAGGUCAAGUCCCAGACCACUUUCGACGUCCAGAAAGCCGAGUGGAUCCGCAAGUACAACCCCGACACCCUCUUCCAGGAUGAGGGCUACAAGAAGCACCUCAAGCACCAAUGCAACAAGGUUCUCCUACGUGUCCGUAUGCUGUAUUACCUGCGCCAGGAGGUGAUCGGGGACCAAGCCGAGAAAGUUUUGGCAGGCACUAUUUCCAGUGAAAUCGACAUGUGGUUCCCACUGGUGGACCAAGCAGAGGUCCCCACAGCCUGGUGGGAUACAGAAGCUGACAAGUCUUUGCUCCUUGGGGUUUUCAAACAUGGCUAUGAGAAGUACAACACCAUGCGAGCGGAUCCUGCGCUCUGCUUCCUGGAGAAGGCUGGUCGCCCUGACGACAAGGCCAUCGCCGCCGAGCAUCGCCUGGAUGUGGGAGAGGGGGUCGAUUUCGAUAAGGACUGCGAGGACCCGGAGUACAAACCAGUGGGAGGCCCCGCCAAGGAGCCGGAUGAUGAGGGUGACCCACUGAUGAUGAUGGAUGAGGAAGUAUCUGUGGUGGACGGUGAAGAAGGUCAGCCGGGGAACCUGUUCUGGCCCCCAGCCUCGGCCAUCACGGCUCGCUUGCGGAGACUGAUCACCGCCUUCCAGCGGAGCUACAAACGCGAGCAGCUGAAGAUGGAGGCGGCAGAACGAGGGGACCGGCGGCGCCGGCGCUGUGAGGCCGCAUUCAAGCUGAAGGAGAUGGUGCGGCGAGAGAAGCAACAGAGGUGGACACGCCGAGAGCAGUCCGACUUUUACCGCGUUGUCUCCACGUUCGGGGUGGAGUACGACCCAGACACCAUGCGCUUCCACUGGGGCCGCUUCCGGGCCAUGGCCCGGCUGGAGAAGAAGACGGACGAGAGCCUCGCCAAGUAUUUCCACGGCUUCGUGGCCAUGUGCCGGCAAGUGUGCCGGCUGCCUCCCGCAGCAAGCGAUGAGUCUCCAGACCCGACGCUGUUCAUUGAGCCCAUCACGGAGGAGAGGGCUUCGCGUACUCUGUACCGCAUUGACCUCCUGCGGCGCUUGCGGGAACAGGUCCUGUGCCACCCGCUCUUGGAAGAGCGCCUCGCCCUCUGCCAGCCCCCGGGCCCCGAGAUGCCUCCCUGGUGGCAAUGCGGGCGCCACGACGGAGAGUUGCUGCGUGGCGUGGCCCGCCACGGCCUCAGCCAGACCGACGCCACCAUCAUGCAGGACCCGGACUUCUCCUUCUUGGCCGCUCGACUCAACCACAUGCACAGUCGGGCGGGGAGCACAGGGACGCUGCCGCCGCCGCCUCCCCCGCCGCAGGCUUUGGGGCUGCCUCUUCCCGGGGCUGCCGUGGUGACAGCGGCCGCUCCUCCUGCCCCCCUGCUCUUGCCGCCGCCCUUGCAUGAGCUCCCCACUCCGCGACAACAGCCCACAGCCCUCCCCAUUAAAGUUGAAUCGGUGGACGACUCUGACUCGGAGCUGGACCUCAGCAAGAUCUCCGCUUCUUCGUCUUGCUCUUCUACUUCGGGGUGCUCGGAUGAUAGCGACGGCGAAGAGGCCUCUUGCGGCGGGAAACUGUUUGAGGAGGAAGAGUCGUCGCUUCUCUCUCUGCCCACCUCCCACGAGGGCAACUCUCCGCAGCCCAGCGCCUCUGACCUGCUGUUACAGGAGCGCCAGCGGGCCCACGAGUGGCCAAAGGACCGAGUGCUCAUCAACCGCAUCGACUUGGUAUGUCAAGCCGUGCUCUCUGGGAAAUGGCCGACAGCACAGCAGGGCCAGGUGGGAUCCUGCCUCAUGCAGGGAGAAGGCCUCCCACGCCUACACGGGGAGUACACCAGCUCUCCCAUCCCCCACAUCUGCCCCCUGGCGUCGCAGGAAGAAGGGGCCGCCUCCUUCACCCGCCUCCGGCACAGCGGGCAAGAGAAGGAGUUUACCGUGCAGAUCAAAGAUGAAGAGGGAAUCAAGCUGACCUUCCAGAAGCACAAGCUGGUCCCCAACGGCACUAUGCGCGACCGUCCCGCUCUCACUCAGAAGAAGAGCAGCAAGAAGAUGGUGGAGCUGGAGCUGCAGUGUCUGGAGGCACUGAGAGGCCCCGAUAUCGACCUCGAGGCCCGUAUCCCUGUGGUGAACAAGACGGACGGGAAGCUGUUAGUGGGUGACGCAGCCCCCCGGCGAGCUGACCUUGAGGUGUGGCUGCAGGCCCACCCAGAGUACGCUGUCGACCCUCGCUUUUUGGCGUACAUGGAGGAACGGCGGAAGCACAGGUGGCCUCGCUUUCCCAAGCCUGUUCCGAUAGAGCCGGCCUGCCUGAUGGGUCUGGAGCGGAUGCAGGCAGCCAGCAUCUCUGCUAACGGCAAGAAGAGCUUCCUGCCCGAUCCCACCAUGAACCGCCUCCUUCCCGGACCAGUUGGGGCCGAGAGUGCCCAGAAGCGGGGCCGCCAGACCCCCAUGGAGUUUUCCAACAUGAUGGCUCUGAUGGGUGCCGGACGGGUCCAGCUGGGCGCCGCGGGGCCCCUCUCCUUGCACCAUGCCCACUUCCAGGCCAGCACGGCACACGGCUCUCCCUUACAGUACAUGCCCUUUUCGACUGCCGCCUCAGCCUCUGCCGCCUCUUCCUCCGCUGCCGCAGCCCUGCUUCACCCCGGCUUGGGCCACCCCGGCUACGCCACAGGUGCCUUGCACCUGGGCCACCCGCAGCCCGUGGACGACGACGACGAGGAAGACGAGAUGGACGACUUGUCUCAGGGCUACGCCAGCUCGGAGCGGGACUUCUCCUUGCUCGACGACGACCCCAUGAUGCCGGCCAACUCCGACUCCAGCGAGGACGGCGAUGAGGAGGGCGACGACUGAGCAUUUUUCGUGCCCACAAAUGGGCAGGACGCAAAACAGGGUCCAGUUGGCUGGGACUUAGCCGUCUCCUCAAUGUUGAAUUUGGCAGGCCCAGGGACAGGCCAGUUGGGUUCUCCCUCGUUCCGACACACACGUGGCUUGCGGGAAGGGCAAAAAACAAGAGGUUCCUUCCAGCCCGGGAAGGUCCGGUUAGGCAACCGCUCUCCUUGCGUGGCUUACUGUUUUUCUUUUUUAAAAAAAAAAUAUGGCUGUUGGUUUGGUUGGCGAGCCCUGCCGGCAUUUGGUAUCCAUUGUGAAACUGUUCUUGUGAGCUGCAGUCUUGAUCUGCCUGGGCAGCAAGACCACAGCGGGGGCCCUGUGUCUAGUCGAGACGAUCUGGGUAUAGUUAGCAGCUCCUCUUCUCCCCCUGCCCCACUCCCUUUUGGCUCUCCCCCCACAGCCUGUUCCAUUUCUCUCCUGCCCUUCCCUCCCUCCCUCCCACCCCAGGUUCCUGUGCUGUAACAUAAAUGCGAAAAGAGGGUGGGGCCUCCCCCUUUCUCUCCGUCCCCCUGUCUCCAUGUGGGUGGGGUUUAUAUUUAUAAAUAUGUAAUAUGUCUUGUGUAAUAUGGCCGAGGCUGUGGGGUUGAACUUGUGGGGGAGUCGAGUCACGGAGGGUGGGUUUAUGGGGGGGUGGGGUGGCAAGGGGCUGUGGGGGGAAGAGAAGGUAGAGCUUCCUGUAGCUGGAUUUCUCCUUUUUUUCUUUCAUUUUUUAAUAAAAGGAACAAAAUGCACACAUACACACACACACGGGAGAGAAAAAAACCAAUUCUACCCCCCAUCCUACUCCUCCAUGCUGUUGUAUCAAUUGCAUAAAAAUCUUCCUGAGAAUUGGAACGUGCAUCUGUGUUGUCUGGUGUGUCUUUCUCUCUCUUUCUCACCAGGGUUGGGGGCAUGGUGGUGGCAGUGACUUCGUCCUUGCAAGUAAAGAGUCAUGUGAAGUCCAAGUAAAGACUUAGGAUCUAGACAGUGCCCCCCCCCACACUUCCUAAGAGGUAGCAUAUCUGUUUGGGACAACUCAUACCUGUUUUAGUAGCAGAACUCAUGCUUUGUACACCAAAGGUCCCAAGUUCAGUCAAAGUCUGGGAGAAGGAAGAUCCUCUUUCAAACCCGGGGAAAGUGCUGUCAGGCAGUGUACAAUACUGAGCUAGACUGCCCAGUAGUCUGAUUCGGUGUAAGUUAGCCACCUGUGUUGUAACAACUUCAUACCCUCAAACUCUCCCUACCAUCAAUUCAGGCUGCAAUUUUUGGGCAUGCUUUCCGGGCAAUAAUGUCCACUGUGUCCUUCAGCACAUGUCCUUAGGAGCAUUCUUCAUAGUGCCCUGUUUUUGCUCUGAUCCUGAAAUGCCUACCUUCCAUCAGAAGGGCCACAGCUCAGCGGAGGAGCAUCUGCUUUGCGUGUAGAAAGUCCCAGGUUCAAUUGCCUACAUCUCCAAGGGGGGUUGAGAGAGAUCUCUGCUGGAACCCCUGAAGACCCACUGCCAGUCAGCGUCGACAAUAUCGAGCUUGAUGGUCCCGUGGUCUGACUCAGUACGACUUCCUGUGUUCCAAUAGAUGGACUGUAGCUCUCCCACUGAGAAUUGGAAUUGUAAAGUUUUUUGGAGAGGGACCCUGAGGGUCAUCUAGUUCAACACCCUGCAGUGCAGGAAUAUGCAGCUGUCCCAUACGGGGAUUGAACCUGCAGCCGUGGCAUUGGCAGCAGCACACUGAGCUAUCCAGGCUGCUUCUCCCUUUAAAAAAUGGAAAUGCUGCAAGGAUGAUUUCUCAGCCAAGCAAUUUUCCCAUGCUGCCUGUUCCUUUUUUGCAAGUUGCUGUAAGGUGAGAAGUUGAGGCACUUAGAGGCACGCUACCUCUUGACAGCUGUGGUAAAACAAAGCUAUCAUGGCUAAAAGUGUGAGUCUUCCAUAUAUCUGAUCCUCUUUGAAACUUUAGCUGUCAAAUGUGAUGCUGGUUUGUUUGGAACAACGGCUUGGGUUCAAGACAGAAUAUUUAUCCAUCCCUCUUUUCGCUGGCUACCUGCAUCAGUUCAGGCAUGAAGCACCUUGAAAGAAGGGACCCAGAGCCAAAACGGACUUCCUAAAGAGAAAUAAAGGUGCUUUGACAUACAAUUGUGGUUCCUUAUGCAACAGCAAGGUCACAGUGAAUGUGUUUCUGGAGAUAGGAUGGGGCGCUCUGCAGAGGUACAAAAACCUAUUUGGAAAUGUAUCGCUUGACAACUAUGGGCUUUGAAGAGAAUAAGGUUUGCCUUAUUCUACCAAACUACCGUAGAUUUCCUUCUGUUCCAGUGCUUCACUGUUUCCAACAGCCAGCUACAUGUCUACAGUUCAGCAGGUGGUGUGCUCAGCCAUUUGAGCCCAGGAUCUCACAUGUAGAGUCCAAAUAUUAUGGUUGAUAGUUGUUGCUCAUUACUGGUUCAAUCCCUGGCAUCUCCAAGUAGGGCUGGGGAAAAGACCCCCCAUCUGAAAUCAUGGAGAGAACCUGACAGUCGCUAUAUAGGCAGUGGUGGAGAGCUGCCUUAGUAGGGCAGCUAGCUUUGACGUUAACACUUUCUUUUCUCACCCUGCCCCCCCCCAAAAGCCCUACUCUGCCUUUAAGAGCUAGCAUAACACUUCUAACAGAAUGAGCUAGAGGUGCUUCAAAGUUCAAGCAGCAAAUACAUUGUUUGGUGAUUUCGUUUGCUGAAAAAUGAGGUGCCAGCAUUCAUAGCUUGAUAAAAAUGCUGUGGGUGCCAGAACAGGUGCCAUGGACAAAAAAAUUGUGGCACUUCGUACGAUUGAGUACCAUCUCUCACACACUAAGCACUGGCUUUUAAUGGACAAAGGAGUGUGAGGGACAGGGGAUACCGGGAGGUCCCUCCCAUCUUAAGUACCAGCUCAUCGACAAGCGCUGGGGAAAGCAGGGAGAGUUCCGCCUCAAGCAGAGACUCAGGAAGUGGUGACCGAGGCUCCGGCAAGGUAGCGGAGCCCAUGCACAAGGUGGGACAGGAAGGGGGGAGCAAGGGGGGAAGGCCGAUCCCGCCGACCCCGGAAUUACGCAAGAAACGUGGGAGGAGAUUAGGUCUUCCCAAACUUCUUUGCUGGAAGAAAACACGCCAACCUCC